AUGGCGACAGAAUCCAUACGCGUCGCGCCUCUCAUUCUGCACGAGAUACAAGACACUGUCUACGCAGCGCCAAUGAAGCUGCAGCCGUUUCGUCCAAUCAACCUUGCCUCAUCGAUGCACAUCACGGUCGGAAUACCCCGCUGGGCAAUGAGCAACAGGCCCAUCUUGAGCGGCAUAGUAGUCGCUAUAAUCUCAUUACUGGAACUUCAUCUAGCAAGUCUUACCAUUGGAAUCGAGGAGCAUCAGAGUGAGUAUGAUGUCUGGCAGAUGUUUAACAUCGGGUUUCCACUUCUAAUGCAGUAUUUUAUACACGGUGUGAAGGCAAGAGGCACCGUGUUUCCUCUCGGAUACACCACGAACACAGAUCAUUAUCGCGAAAGAACAGUAUACUCGGAUAUUAUCACGCUUGCUAUGUCAAUGAACUGUCUCGUUACGCCAGGUAUCUGCAAUGGAAAGCACCUGCCAGAAAAUAACGCUUGGUGUCUCCGUCGUCCAUCUCGCUCUUCACGACCGCCACUGCCAGCAAAUGCGUGCAGAAUUAGGAGGAUUGUAUUCUGUCUAAAGAGACUCCACGAUGAAGAUCACUCUGUUGCAGGUGGCCAAUUCCGCCGGCUCGUAUAUCCAUUCAGCAGAGAGAUUAUGCGCCAACGCGGUACUACUACGAGCCUACGAUCGCGCCCAACGACCGAAGUGCUUCCGUUACUGGAAGAGGGGUGGGAGGCUAGGUGGAUAGAUGAGAUGGGCAUAAAGAGGGGUUGCUUCAGAAGAAAGGCGGGUCUAUUUGUCUGGAAGAUAUUGGGGGAGAAGCCGAUAGAGAAGUCGGUAGAGAAGCCGCCAGGCAGGGUGAAGAAAGCGCUGAAGUGGCUGUUCAAGCGGUCCUAA